UGUUCACAGAGACCCCCCAUGACAUGACGGCCCAUGCCGGGGAGGACGUGGAGAUGGCCUGCUCCUUCCGAGGCAGUGGCUCCCCCUCCUACUCGCUCGAGAUCCAGUGGUGGUACGUUCGCAAUCACCGGGACUGGACAGACAAACAGACAUGGGCUUCAAACCAGCUAAAAGCAUCUCAGCAGGAAGAAACUGGGAAGGAGGCGACGAAAAUAAGCGUGGUGAAGGUGGUCGGCAGUAACAUCUCCCACAAGCUGCGGCUCUCCAGGGUGAAGCCCACCGACGAGGGGACGUAUGAGUGCCGGGUGAUCGACUUCAGCGACAGCAAAGCCCAGCACCACAAGGUCAAGGCCUACCUGCGGGUGGAGCCGGAGGAGAGCUCUGAGGCGCCCCACCACGGCUCCUCCGCCAGGCACAUGCAAGACACCCAGCUGCUGGGCGGCCAGCUCUCUGACCACGCCAGACUGAGUGGCACCCCCUCCCACCACCAGCACUACCACCACCACAAAAUGGGCAAAGAGCUGAGGAAGCGGGCGGCAGACACCUCCUGCCUGCUGUAGACUGAGCCGGCGUGGCACGGACCAGGCUGCUGGAUUCCCCCCCCCACCCCGACAUACACACACGUCCCUCCCCACCCUAGACUGGGCAGAGGAGGAGUGCACGAGGACCGGUGCUGGGUCGAUGGAAAUCUAAUGCUCCGAAUCAGAGACUAAUGGGUGUGCGCGCACACGCUGUGACUCUCGCAUGUACCCCUCUCUCCGCACCCUGCCACGUAGCUAUGGAUUUUUAAAUUUCUUUAAAAAUACCCUUGAGCUGAUGCAGUGCCGUCUCCAGGACUCGAAUGCAGAAAUGGGACCUCUCUGUUCCCAAGUAGAGUGUGACCAGAGGUGGGGAACUUCCCCGGUGCCACCAGCUUGUAAGAGUGGGGGGGAAUCUCCCUGCUGUCUGUGCCCAGGGGAGAGGCUGGAGCUCAUUUCCAUGGAAUAUGGCCACUAGUCGCACUGGUUCCCCUGGGUGGCCGUGUGCAGACAGGGCUUCCAGCUUUGUGCCAGGUUUAGUGUAUGCCAACUGCUCCCCCCCUUUUCGCAUUGCUAGCUUUUUAUGACUCCAGUGAACCCAUCUGGGUCUCUUGGUAUGUGGGAAUCGCAGUCACUCCCCUUUGCUUUGCCCAAUGAGUCCUGUCCUCCCUCCCUCGAGAGACCCAGUGUAGUUACUCUGGUUGGAUCCAGUCAUGUGGAUACAGCUUAUGUCGCUCAUUCCUAUAGACUAUAAAUAAAGUUACCUCUUCCUCCUCCAGGCUGCCACAACCCGCACCUCCCAGGCCGAGGAGGCCAGUCUCUGAGGGCAUGGGAGGAAGAGAGGGGCAAUCUGAAUGGGUUUUAAUGAGCCAUCCCAUUGGCUGGAGGAAAGGGGCAGAAACCGCCAACCUGCCUAGAUUGGGCCUGGGUCGGCUGGUUUGUGCCUAAGCUUGGAGAAGCGCAGAGCUCUGCUAUCUGGAGUUAGCCCAACCCCGGGGCCCAAGAGCUUUAGGGAGGUUUUGCACCCACUGCCCCCUUUCCUCAUUGCAUUUCAUGGAGAAGUGGGGAGGGGUCGGGCCUGGCUCGCUCCUGAGGACUGGUGAUGGUGCGCAGCCCGCUGUAGGACUCAGGCUGACCUUCCCCCACUGUCGAACCCGCCCCUCUGUCCAGGGAGGGGGGUGGGUUCAAACCACAGCCCGGUUCUGAGCAUUCCUACCUUGGUUCAAUACGACAGGCCAAGCCCAACCUGGUCCUGGGGCAUGCGUUAGUAUUUCUAUGUGCGCCGAUCAUCCGCGGGGAGGGCGAGCUGCAGCCCGCAAGAGCAGCUCCUGGCGCAGGCGGGAGGCCAUGGGCCCCCUGACCUGCAGUCACACAGGAGGGGAAAGGGGAUCUCAGCUGGUCUCUUGCUCUAACCUCCCCAUGCACCACAUGAUCCAAGCUGUGACUUGCAGCCCCGCUGAAGCGAAUAAAGCUCUUUAAAUGAA